AUUUCAUACCUAAACCUUUCGAUCCUAUAAAUCGGAGAAACGAAAUCAAUCACUGCGGGUUGUGUCGUGAAAUAAUUAUGGCAUCUCCUGAAGCUUUUCCUCAGGACAAGUACCGAUCCUACUUGCAUGGAGAUGGAGAACAGAACACCCGGUGGCGGUUCAGUUCGUAUCCUAACUACGACGUCGAGAACAAGCUCUUCGAACAAGGCAGAACUAAGAUAUGGCCUCCGGGAUCUCUUGGGGAAGAAGUGCAGAACCUCAUCAAGACAUGGGAGAUGGAGAUGUUCCACAAAGUCGAUCGCAAAGAUUACAAGUCAAUCGAUCCCGAGAAAUACACUUUCAGCCUCAACGGGAGAAAAGCUCUGACUCUGGAAGAAAAGUGGAAGCUCGGGGGAGGAUACAACUCGCUGCUGCAGACUUCCCUGCCUGAGAAGUUCCGGUGUUAUAACCCUGCCGACGAGACAGUCGACUCGGCCCAUCAGGCAUUCACCACUGCCUUUCCCCGCAGUUUUGCUCUGGAGAUUCUUGAAGUCUACUCAGGGCCUCCCGAUAUAGUCUACAAGUUCCGGCACUGGGGCUUCAUGGAGGGCCCCUUUAAGGGGCAUGCUCCAACCGGGGAGAUGGUCGAGCUAUACGGAAUGGCCAUAUUUAAGAUGGAUGAAAACAAGAAAAUCAUCAAGGUAGAAUUCUUCUACGACCGAGGAGAACUGCUGGGAGGACUUAUCAAGGGCGCGACAAUGGACACUUCUUCCCUUGGAGAGCCUGCUUUGAACUGCCCCUUUUUAAGGAACACGGGUUAGCAUCACCGGGAAGAAGCUCACUCGCGGAGAGUCAGCUUAAUGUUCUACAAUAGAGUCUGUUACAAUAAAAUCUGUAAUGGGAAAGAUAAUGAGUGCUCAAGCAACGUUAUACCACGUAGAUGUAUGGAACUGCAACCAUGGACUCUUAAUAAAGGCCAAUAGCUCUCAAACGUUUCAGCUUU